AUGGCCAUCAAAUCUUUGGAGUCCUAUUUGUUCGAAAGAGGACUGGUUGGAUCGUACCCUAUUGAAGCAUUGAAAAAUGCUAUGUUAGGUAUUGAUGUGAACCAUUACAUUUCCAGACUUCUGACGAGUAAAAGAGAACAGUAUUUGGAUGCCAUUGGUGGGUUUCCUACCAGUUUGAAGAUGUACUUGGAGAGUGAUUUGAAAAUUUUUAGGGAAUACAAGAUAACACCUGUGUUUGUCUUUAACGGAACUUUGAUUAGCAACCAACUGGAAGACUCGGGUUAUCUCAAUGGUUUUGCUACGGAGGCCUCGGCAGUUGCGUUAAGUUCCCCUGGUUCUAACUCUUCUUCAGGAAGUAACGCACCAAUGUACUCGGCAAACUCAUCCGUGAGUGCUAACAAGGAGGCCAUUUUUGUUCAAAGGCAUAGAGGCUGGACUCAAUNNNAGAACAAUUUGAUGAACAGCAACCAAUCAUCGUACAUUGAUCAACCAGUUCAACCACAGGAGCCAUUCAGAUACAACGCGACCAUUGAAUCUAAGAGGUUUCAAGCAGAUCUGAUUGCUUAUUUCAUCGAUAACGAUAUCAUUUAUCAGGUUGCUCCAUAUACCUCAUGGUCUCAACUAUCAUAUCUGUUAAACAGCGGCUAUAUCGAUGCUAUCUAUGGUCCUACCGACUGUCUAAUGCUUUCAGAUGUGAGUAAAUUUAUUCUAGGUAUGGAAUUCCCCAAUAAAGAGUUUAGGUUCAUUGAUAAGGCGCGAGUUCUAAAAGAGCUCGAUUGUUCACAUGAUGAGUUCGUCGAUAUUGCCAUGGCAGUUGGUAACGAUUUACAGCCAACUGCUUUACCUCCCUUACAGAUCUAUCCCGGUUCACAAUUGUUUGAGAUCGCACUGGAAAUGGUUAUUACAACUGGUACAAACUUUUAUGCUUACCAGUUUUCCAACCCAAUCAAGAAUGAGAGUGCAGACUGUGUGGAAAGAUAUCAAAAAGGCAUGUCAGCGUUGAGAUACAUGCCUGUAUUAAAGGACAGCGGCAAAGUUGAACUUCGGGUUGAACCAGAAUCCGCUUCUGAAUUCAUGGGUGGGAUUGAAGAUACUUACGGAGGAAAGCAAGGAGCUUUUGGCGAUAACGUAAUUCCUACUGAAACUUCACAAGCUGCGUCGCCAUCUCCACGGCCAAUCCCUUCCGAUGUGCAUGACUUCAUCGCUCAGCAGCUCCCUUCUGAGUAUUAUUUUUACAAGUCCCUGGGACUUGUCAGUGGAAAGUUGUUCGAUGCUAUCACGACUGGUGUUUAUCCUGAGGAACCACCGCUAGAUGGUGGAUCAACAAACUCUUAUAGAAACCUGAUUAAAAAGUCCGUUGAUUUUUUCAAAAACAAAGAGAUUAAUCUUUUGACGCAGCCUAUCAAUAGGUACUAUCAAAUUAAACCAAUAAAGCAAAUUAAAUGGUAUGCUCCGGAAGACGCAAUAUUGUUGACAAAUAGAACUACUCCUUCAAUUUUCGACAAGUUGAACAGACUUGUGGUCAAGACUGAUGACGGAGACAGAACCUUCAGUAUUGCGGAAUUCAUCACCCUGAUUAACAAUUCCAAGAACCUGGCGAAGGAUUUUAUCAGCGAUAAGGUGAUCUUCCCAAACUCCGUAUCUCCAAAACAAAAGCUAUCUGGAAGUUUCGAUUUGCUAUCAACUAGUUUCUUAAGGACUCUUUACCAGUUGGAGUUUUUUGAGUUUGAUCUUGAUAAGGGAAUAUUACAGCCAACGAAAUGGGGUUCUGUGCUCUUGAAUUUGGAUGACUUGCAAGUCGAUGCAAAAUACUAUGAACCAAUACUCGUCUUGUUGGUGUUUCUGAAAUUGGAUGUUCUUUCACUAUCCCAGGACACCGUUCCAUCUGCCCUCUCGUCCCUUUCUCAAGCAACGCUUCGCUCCUAUCCUCAAGAAUCAUUGUUCAUCUUACUUUUGACCCGAGUUUUAACUUUGUAUCAAGUCGAUCAAAAGCCAUCCAAUUACCACGGCCCAGUAGACAAAAAGACCUUGAUUUUCAGAGAUCAUUUGGAUUUCGUUAAGGCAAACCUUAAUGAGAUGUAUGAAGCCGUUACUGUUUCGUCCUUAACAUCUGGAGAGUUCGACCGGACUUUGCUAGAGGGGAGAGAAUGGCAAACCACCAUAGUGAGAAAUAUGCCUUUCAAGUUGACUACCCCCAAUACUAUCAUGGCAAUGAUGUGGGAAUUUUUCUUACAAAAAUACCUGCAUAAUGGUAAUGCUAAGGCCGAUGCACUUACUCUAAUUUCCACUGAGUUUAGCAGUUAUAAAUCUACUCCAAAUUUGGAAGAGCAAAUGUCCAAAUCACAGGAAUUUUUACAGCAAUGUUCUCGAGUUCUGAAUGCAUUGGGGUCAGUAAACUUGAUAAAGAGCGACGAUGCCUCAUUAUUUGAGAAAGCUGUUGAGUUUAGUGGCAAAGCAAUUGCGGAUUAA